GAUCUGUGGCAGCAGCUUAUAGAUUAGAAUUAGAUUUGAUAAUUGGAGAUGGAUUCCUGAACCAAUUUGCAAAUUCGUUGGUGAUUUCAGUGCUUAUCCUUAUUUGGUUUUGGUGCCUGGUCGUACCUUCUCUAUGUUAGUUCCUUUGCUUAGCCAAAUCAGUUAGGGAUAUGGCCCAUCCAUGAUGUUGCGAGGUGUUGAUUGCCUUCUAGCAAAAAUCUGGAGCGUUGGGUAUCUCUGGCUGUAAACUGAAUCUGGUUCAGUUAAAAACUGCACUGUCAAAUUUGGACAGCCAGCUUCUAGGUGAAAAACGAGUUAGUUAUUCUCAGAAUUUCGAGUUGCCUCUAUAUGAAAUCUGUAAAGCAAGUUCCAAGCUUUCCAUAGAGUAUUUAUUUGCGUCGUUUGGAUGUAUGGUUUGAGAGCAGCCAUCGUUUUAGUUUGCUGUCCUGAAAGUUAGUAUCCUGAGCGCAUUGUUUUCAUAUGCCAGUUUACGGCCUUGUAGAGGCUGUUUUAAAAAAAGUUUCAAUACGAAUUUUGUAGAGGGUUUGUUGUAGAUUGCAAGGCCGAUUUCAGUUUCAGUUUGCUCCACCGCUGUGAAAGGUGGAGGAGCCUAGAUUGCAAGGCCGAUUUCAGUUUCAGUUUCGAUCGAGCCUAGAUUGCAAGGCCGAUUUUAAUACGAGCACUCUCCAUGCAGCUCGUCAAUAAUUGUAGUCAAUUGGUUGGACAGUCUUCUUGUUUUCAUCAUUUUUUUCUAGUUAUAUACGUAGUUGGCUGGGAUUAUAAUGCUAUCUUUGCUUACUGUUAACUGUCCAAAUUGAUGUAGAAAGAUAAACAGUUGUUGAUCGCUUCCACGAUUGUGUGAUAGAAACGUCAAUUAGUAAGUGAAAAUACACGUUUGCGCCUACUUGUAUUUUAUAGCAGUUUCUGGGACUGUGACAUGUUCGUCAUCCUUCUGUGAUUGGUUAUAUAUGGAUUAUAUAUGUUAGGCCUGUGGAAAAGGACUGAAGAAUCCAUAGCAAGAACUGAGAGGUUAUAUAAUUUUGCAUCUACAUAAGUAACUUGCCCCAAUUCUUUGGUACUGCCCUGAGUUUUCAGGGGCGUACAUGUUGGGGAUUUCUUAUUUGCGCGUACAUUCCUUAGUCGCCUUACGAGUUUGUUGAGUGGUGCCUUAACAGCUUCUUGCAUUUUGUUGCACUUGCAUGUCAGCAAUUACACUAAAAUCUGGUUUCUCUGGUUGUGCUACUGACAUGUCUUUAUAUUUCUUGGCAGAUUAACAUAUUCAAGUCAAGAUGGUUAGGUUUGGGAAAAAGUUGACGGCCGGCCAAGUUCCAGAGUGGAGAGGUUACUAUAUAAACUACAAGCUGAUGAAGAAGAAAGUAAAACAAUAUGGGCAGCAGCUCCAACAGGGAGAGAAAGACCGUCGCCGUGUUCUCAAGGAUUUCUCAAAGAUGCUUGAUGAUCAGGUAGAAGAUAGCAACAGAGUGGGAAGGUUUGUGCAGAGAUCUUGCCUCGAGGUUAUCACAGAUGCGCACAAUAUGACACUGAAUUGACCAAAAAUAGGGAGCUACAAGAUGAACUUUUAAAGGCCGGUUCCAUUUUCUGUAUAUGCCUUGUACACUCUUAUAUUCUUCCAUGAUUGAAGUCUGCAAUGCUUAUGGGACAAUCUUUGUUUGUAGGUUAAGACCUCACUGUCUGCUUCAACGAAGAGAUUUGAAGAGCUGCAAAAGGUAAUUUUGGGGCAAAUUUCCAUUGCUACAGGAUAAUGAGAUGUUGAAGCGGCAGACUGAAUCCAUGACACCGAAGUGCAAAGCGGCAGAUUAUCUCUAUUUUUCCUUUUCAUUUUUCUUAUUAUUGGAGUGAGAACGGAUAGAAUGAGGAACUGUGUGAUAGUAGAUACAACAACUGUAGUAGAAAGAAACUUAUGUUUGCAAUUGUUAAUGACAUACAUUCUUGCAUGUUC